CUGUCGUCAUGUACCAGUCCGUGCCGUCCCCGUUUUCAUCUCAUGACCAGACCAGCCCCGCUAUACACGGGCAUCGUGAUCAUCUGAAUAGAUCGAGGUUCAGCAGUGGAGUUGUUGCAGAACAAAAACAAGAGUGCGACCCACUUCGAACAUUCACCGCAUUCAUCAACGUUGUCUCUCAUCAGGACAUUAUCUCUCAACAAGCUCCAGACAAAGCUUACAGGAUAGGAUAGACGAAAGACAGAAAGACAGGUCCUUUUUGUCUCAUGGUCUCAGUCCCUUUGCAUACCCAAUCUUGGAGGAGCAUGCCCAUCGUCUUCGCUCGCUGUAAGGUGCUUUUUUUUGCUUCGGCCGCUUGUUCACGUUGAGUUUCGCCCUCAGCAGCACGUAUGCCCCGCAGGUUUGGAGCUUGCCAAGACAAAUCUGGGUUUUGUUUGGGUUUGGCAGCUGGGAUAGUAGCAUUGGACUCAAAGCUUCGUGGGUGAAAGGCUCUUCUUUCAAUUCUGUGUGUUUUUUGAGAGUGUGGUGUAGUGGAAGGGGUGCUCUUCCUUCCUUCAUGACGUGGUGCAGCGGCGGUGAGGAACCCUUGAGUCGACGUGGUGAAGACGGUGGCGAGGCGGGGCAUGGAGGAGGAGUAAACGUGGGGAUUUAUCAGUAGGAAACAAGCGCAUGAUCGGUAGGGUGAGGGAGCAGAAUCAUUUGGUGGUGUUGGGGUGACAAUUGCAGUGAACGGAGGGAUACAUGGUUGAUUGGAGAGCUAUGGCUAGGGAGCCAGUUGCUGUAGACUACAUGGGGGUGGGAGGUGCUCCCUCGAGUAUCUCUGGUGGACAUGAAGAGCGAGUAAGUCUUGUAAGGCCCAUUCCUAGUGUUCCUAACAAUGGUGGUGGCCACUUUAGGAGAUCGCCUGCCCCUGAAGGCGGUCCUCACAGUAGCCCAUUUGAGCAGCAUGACCCAGACCAGAAGUCCUGGAAAAGAGCUUCCUUUCUGGCAAGAUUUCAGUCAGAGGAGGAUAAUUCCAGAAGGGUUAUCAUCUGUCCUAAUAAGGAGAGAGAAUCGACAGAUGGCCAUCUGAAUGAUCAUCCGCAGUCCUCCUCACAGUGGAAUAAUUCAGAAUCUAAAAGCCAUACCCACCAUCCUCAAUCUCAGAAGGUGGCGGCCAUGUACGCUAGCCAUCAUCAUUUGUUGAGAGGUAUUCAGAACGGAGAUGCAUGGACCUCGCCGCUUAAAGAUGAAGUACAGCGGGGUGCUCAACCGUUGGACCAUGCGAUGCAGCCGCACCUGUCUUCAAACCAAGGCAGAUUCGAGUCCCCAAUGCCAUUUGGCGGACAUAGACUGGGGAGUGUAGAGAGUGGAGCUGCUGUGGCUCGGAAGAAGCCACCUUUUCAAUAUCCAUUCCAAGCAGGAAACCUACCAAGACCUGGUGGACCUUGUAAGCAACCUCGCACGGCACAGCUUACCAUUUUCUAUGCCGGCAUGGUUAACCUCUACGAUGAUGUGCCUGUUGAUAAGGCUCAAGCUAUCAUGCUCUUUGCGGGUAGUGAAAGCACGUGGUCUUCAAACUUAAUGGACCCUCCCCAGGCUGGAAGUGUCGCUUCUGGACGGACAUUUUCUGCUCCAACCACAGUGCCUCUCUCUACACCAGGACCACCUGCUCCGCAAGCUCUAACCACUUCAGCUUCGGGGCCGCCGAGUUCUGUAUUACCUGGAAUGGUAUUUUCAAACCUCCGACAACCAUCCACAACCAAUGUUGAGCUGCCCCAAGCAAGGAAAGCCUCAUUGGCUCGAUUUCUUGAGAAGAGAAAAGACAGGGUAAAGAAAGAUCCCGUCAAGGAAGGAGAUGCAACUCCUUUUGGCAACUCUCCAGAUCCUUCAAUUGGGAAACCACCAACAUGGUCGCCCUCACCAUCUCCUUCGGUCUCUAGGUGCAUGGACCAUGGAUCAUCUCCUGGUCGUCUUGAGCAUCAAUCAGGCACAUCUAGUGGCAAUGAACAGAACUCUCCGUGUAAUUCUAGACCUCCGCAGUCACCCCCAAGCCAAGGUGUGGCCGAGUAGAGGAGUGAUAGGACAUCGAAAAGGAGAGACUUCAGAUUGGACAACGAAUCGAACAAGCGAACUCGGAGCGGGAAGUCACUGGGCAGGCUUGCUGGUGAAAGCAUGGCUGAUCAUGCCAUGGACAACGGUGCAUCACUGCAUAGAUAGUUUCUUGUAAUCCAUCUUGCAUCCAAAAAAUUUAAUUCUAAAGGACUAUUCCAUCUGUUUCAGCUAGGCUAAUAGAAUCCCUGGAACACCCGUUAAUUCGCGCUUCGUUGAGCCUCGAGAUGGUUUGCAGCAUUGAACACCAUGGCAUGUUCACAUCGGACACAGCUGCUGGAGCACUUCACACCAAGGAAGAAUUUGCGACGAGUGAUCGUAAAAAUUAAAGAACAUGUGUCAGAAGCGAUGUCACGGCUGUCCCUCCUCGAAAUAGAACUCAAAGCUUCGUUGCCAUGCCACAAUGAACCGGUCACACUGAGCACAGUGCUGGAAACAUGACUCGGCACAAGCAGCAAGAACCACAGGUGGUUGCUACCAAAACUUGGAUUCUGCAAUUUCGCAUCACUAUUCACGCUGCUUUGUACUCAUUCCUAUGACACAAUUACUUACUGUUUCUUUGUAUCAAAGGGUGCCAGGAGGCUGUCAUUCUGCUGUGUCGGAUACAUCAGUGUGGCUAGGCCUUCAGAGGCCUUGCUUGGACCAUGGUCUUCAAAACUAAGAACUUCACGCAAUGCCUUGUAUGACUUCUCUUUUGAUUCGAAGAAUGACUAAGGUUGCUUCCAUGGUCUUCAGCAGGAGCUAAAAUUACUUGAUGCUACUGCCCACAUCAAUUGCUCAUUCUAAUGGCAUUCGAGAAAGUAUUUAUAGUUAUAAUCCGCAACUCAUCAUCAUCUUCGAAAGCCGCUGGUUGUUGUGCUCCUUGAUCACCCAUCUCAAGCUUACUUUCAUGCAUUGGGAUAUCUGUAAUAAUCUUGGCUGAUGAGAGUCUCAGUCAAUUCUUCACUGCAUGAUCAUAGUGUUAAAAUAGCCCUGUUAGUUAAAAUUAAAGAAAGGAUGUGAUUCAGCUGA